AUGCAACUUAUACAUUAUCUAAGAAGCAAAAUAAUUGGUUUAAAAACUAAUCUAAUGUCUUCAACACAAUUAUUUAUAUUAUUAAUAUUAUUAAAUAUUGUAUGUGGAAUAUAUAAUCCAUCCAAUUUCAAGAAAAAAUUUAAUCAAUCGCCAGCAUCUUAUAUAUCAGAAAAUAAUAAUCGAUAUGUUUGGUUUACGCGAAGUAUCGAUAGUAAAAUUAAAGAUGAAGCAAAUGAGAAAGAAGAAAUUUGUAAGAAAAAUUCAAAUCAAUUUUUUUCUCGUAAAAAAUUCAAUGUAUUUCCAACAUAA